CACCGCUGCUGAUGAGCCGAGUCACUCUGAGCCCCGAGGCCCUCCUCCCACGCAGCAGCCAGGACAUAUAUACUCGCCCUCUGGGACGUCCUCGCCCUCACAGGACACCGUAACGCGGGACAAGCCAAAGCCAUGAAGCUAGGCGUGGCGUCACCGGCGGGCGUGUGGGUGGUGGUGGUGGUCGUGCUGCUGGGCGUGGGCGUCGAGCAGCCGCCGGGUACGGAGGGGGCUGCGGCGCCACACGGCUGCUGCCGCCGAGGACGCUUCGCCGCCGUGGCUUUGGGCUUCAUCGGGGGGUUCGUGGUCGGACGCCACGGCGGGCACCACCACGGCGGGUGCGGGGGCUGUGGGGGCGGCUGCGGCGGCUGUUAUGGCGGUUGCGGGUGGUGCGGCGGCGGCCACUACGGCAGGAAGAGGAGGAGUCUGGACGAGGUCAUGGAGAGGGACAUCAUCGAGGCCAUGUUUGAGAAGUUCGCCUCGCAGGACAAGGACCAGUGUGGGCUGCGGCUCGUGUGCGAGUUGGCGCAGAAGGAUCCCAACUACCUGACCGGCGACGAGACCCUCAUCCUCCUCCCGUACAGGGGCCGCGAUGAGAGUGACGAGCAGAGUUUCUACGGGCGGUACGACAAGGCGGUGUGGCACGGGCAGCACGGGAGCCCCUGCAAGAAGCUCUUCCCGCUGUGCCCCUACACGGCCCCGCAGAUCAUGGGAGAGGUGCCCACCAACGCCACAAACGUCACCUUCUGACCACCGACCCCCACCACCAUCAUAUACCACCACACCACCGACCACCACCACGGACUACCGCCACACACCGACAACUAAAUGAUGCUGCAGAUGUCUUCGAGGUUUCACUCCUACGUAAUAUUACCGUCUCCGUUUUGUAAUAUUUUUGUACAAAUAAAGAAUUAACAAUA